AUGAAUUUUAUAGGAGGAUUAUUUGGCAAAAAAUAAACUGAUUAAAAGCCACAAUAAAAAUAAGGAUAGCAACAGACUUAGGAAGGUAGUAGAAAUACACCUUAAAAAUUAAAUAGCAGUUAGUAACCAAGCAACCCAUGGAAGAUGGAAUCAACAACUCCAAAAAACAAUAAUAGCUAAAAUUAAAGCUUUAAUAAUUUAUCAAAUAGCAUGAAUUAAUAGUAAGAAAAUGGUUCAUCUAGCUCUAUGAAUACGUCAGUUACUUAGGAAAAGUCUAAAUCAAUGUUCAAAAAUCUAAAGACUAAAAAAUAAACAGUACCUCCUGCUGAAUCUUUCAAUAACAAUUCAGAGUAAUCUUAAAUUGAUUCUUUUUAGAACCCUUAAUUAAAGCAAGCUUAAAGCUCUUAUACUCCUGUCUCAAUUAAUAAUGAUAUUAAAAGUAAUUUUGAAAACGUUGACUACUAAUAGCCUAUAUAAAGUGAUAUCACUAAUGAAGAUACCUCUACAAAUGCAUCUUUAGCACCCGCUCCUACUAAGAGUGCUAAAGGUUUUGCUAAAUUUAAAAAAAAUACUUAGCAAGCAGCAACUCAAUAAUAAUAAGAGGCAGAAAACAUUGAGCAGCCUUAAAAGAAUUAGGAAGAAAAAGUAGAAUAAGAAUAACAAGAGGCUCCUUAACAAAAAGAGAAGGAGAGUAUGCUUAGUAGAUUCAAAAAGAAAUAGCCUCAAGCAGAAAAAUAGUAAAAUGAAAACUAGUAUGAAGAGUAAAUUCAAAUAAAACAAAGUUAUUAAGAAGAAUAAAUUCAUCCUAAUGAUGAUGAAUAGACUAAUUAAGUUUAAGUCAACACCUUAAAAGUAGAUGAUUAAGAAAAAAUUUACAAAUGGGGUGCACCUGAUAGUGAAACUGAAGAAUAGAAAGAUAAAGAAGAUUUAAGUAAUAGAAUAAAAGAGUAGACUGAAAAGAAAUCAGCUAUUAACUCUAGCAGUUCAUUAGGAUCUGAAAAACAAUAAACCCCUUCAUCUUCUUCUAAGCGUUUCUUAGAUAAAAUGAAGCAGAAGCAGGCUCAAAAAGCUGAAGAACCAACUAAACCAUAGCAACUAAGUUAAAAGGAUGAAAAGUUUAUUAUGAAUAAAAUUAAUGAAGAGAGAAUAAAGCUUAAAUAAAAGCUAACAGAAAUAGUCUUAAAAUAAAAUUAAUUAAUGUCUAAAACAAAUUAUCUUCAAUCAGAUGUCUAAAAGUUGAAGAAGAAACUUACCAAUUUAUAAAGAGAAUAAGAAGAAUAUGCUGAGAAUGACUAAUUUGAAGAAGCAGAAAAAUUAGAAGAAGUUAUUUAACAUCAGCAAGAAGAUAUAUUGUAAACUGAAAAGCAAAUUCUUUAAUGCUAAUCUGACUACAAUUAAUAUGAAAGUGAAAAGGAAUAGCUUUUUAAACAAGAAAUUUCCUAUCAAGAAAGUUGGUUACUUUAAUUAAGUGAUUGCAAGAAAGAAAAGCUAAGGGAAAAGGAAAGUUACGAAUCUGAAUAGAAUCAAAAAUUAAAAAACGAAAAAUAUCAAAUUGAAGAAGAAUCAGAAAGACUUAAAAUAACUGAAGACCAUAUAAAUUUGGAUAAAAAGCAUUUAGACGAAGAAAGAGAUUAAAUUUAAUAAAAUUUAACUAGUUAAACUGGAGAAUUCUCAUCUGAAAAAGAGAAGUUUGUAUUAUAGAAGAAAACUUUAGAAGCUGAGGUUGAAGAAAUAAGAAAGAAACUGAAGCAAAAGGAAAAGGAAUUAAGCCAAGUGAAUGAUAGUAUUGAAUAGCUAACUUUGAAGAUUAACAACAUAUAGGCUAAAUUUGAGAAUUAAUUACGCCGUAUCGAAUAAAAAGAAUAAAAAAUAAGUGAAGAUUUAGCAAAUUACAAAAUUGAAAAGGAAGAACUUGAAAAAAAUAUUGCUUUAAAUGAAGGAAACAAAGAGUCAUUUAAAAAGAAAUUGUAAGAAUAUGAUCAAAUAUUAGAAAAUUUACAAGUGACCAGAAAUAAAUUAUCUGAGCAGAUAUUACAAAUUAAAGAAUUAAAAGAAAAUAGAGAAUCUGCAUUAACAAAAUAUACUGAUAGUUACAACACUUAUGCAAAUUAUAAGAGCACACUUUAAUCAGAUGAAGAAAAGUUAGAAAAUUUGAAUGAAAGUAAACAAAGAAUAGAUGAUUAAAUUUCUGAAAUAUUAAAUAAGAUAGCUUAGACUUCUGAAAAAAUUCCUUCAUUAGAAAAUGAAAAGAAAGCUCUCGUUUCUCAGAAAAAAUAUAAAUAAGCUGGUACUGUAGCUAACGAUAUUAAAGAGCUUUCAACAUAAAUUGAAGAAAUGCAAAAGUAAGUUGAAUCUUAUAAGCAGACUGAAUAAGAGAUUUUGAAUAAAAUAGAAGAAAUAUAAGAAAGAAAGUCUGAAAGUGACAAAACUUUAAGCGAAUUAAAGAAAGCAGCAGAUAUUGAUAAGUACUAGCUUCUUUUGAUUAAGAUUAAAGAUCUUGAGUCUCUCCACGAAUUUUCCGUAGAAUAAAGACACUAUGAACACAGUGUUACUCUCGAAAGUGAAAUUAAAUAAACUAAAGCUGAAAUUGAAUAAAUCCGUAAAGAAUACCCUGAAGUAGACAGAUAGAAUAGCUGUAAUAACUCUAAUGUCUAAAGUUCUAAUAAUUUAGAAUAGAAAAUAGUUUCUACACACAAGGAUCUAUUAGAGCUUUCAGACCAUGAAGAUGAAAAUAGAAAUAACGAAGACAGCUAACAAGAAGAAUAAAAAAUAAAUAAUGAUAAUGAUUAAGCCAAUGAAAACUUGAAUAAUAAUUCACUUGGUUCUAAUACAAAUACAAUGAGUUCUUAACAAUUAACCCAAGCUGAUUUAGAUUUCUAAUUAAAAGACUUAAUAUCAAAAAUAAAAGCUAAUUUAAAAAAAGUUGCUGAUUUUGAAAAUGAAAUCACCCAUUUGGUUUAAGCAGAAAACUAUGAAGAAGCUGACAAAUUAUAAUAGUAAGUAAAUGAAAUCAAUCUUAAGAUAGACUAACAAAAAGAAAAGUUAGCUCUUAACUAUAGUUGUUUGAAUUUAGAAGAGGCUGAAAAUUAUUUAAAUUAAUUUAAGAGUGAGCAACAUAUUCAAAGUGAAGUAGGUUCUCGUGACAAAUCAGGUAAUUCACCCUAUUCUGAGAAUAUUAGUUCUCAAGUAAACACUGAUAAUGAUAACAAAUCAUAAGAUUCUGAAAAUGAAAGAGAAGACUUUUCACCUGAUAACAAAGAAGAAGUAAACGGAGGGGAAACAAAUCAAUAAGAAGAGGAGGAUGAAGAAGAAGAAGAAGAAGAAGAAAAUUCAUAGAAAUAAGAAAUAGACCAAGAUUAAGAAGUAGAAGAACAAUAAAAUCAUGAAUAAUUGUGA